ACAGGUUGUAUUGGGGAGAGAAAACUCUUUUUAAACCUCUGGAGUCCUUUGCGCAAACCAUUCAGCAUUCUUGUACCCUGUAGCAAUGUCUGUUUUGUUUCUUGGUUCUGUUCCCAUUGCAUAGCUGCCAGGCUUUUCCUUAGAGAGAGCUCAGAUGUACAAACCAUGAUGGUGACUAUGACUGGGUUACUAGCAAGAGAGAGACGGGAUCGUGCACAGAACUGUCAGCUUUGGGAAGGCAGUGCUGCCCAUAGCAAGGGUCCAGUGGGAGGCUGGAUUCCUGGGUCCUCAUCCAAGCUGUAAGAGGAAAGAUGGGGUUGAUAUUUUAAAAAAGCACAUCAGUGUAAUACAGUUGCAGCAGGGAAGAAAAAGACAUCAUUUUCAUGCAGGCCUUGCCAUUCACAAUGAAAGGGAUGAAGGCAAUUAUUCUCUUGAAUGUUUGCCUCUCACCUUCCAGUUCUAAUAUAUAAAAGCCACUGCCAGCCUCUUUGAUCUGGUGUCAUUAAAAAGGAAGACCAGAGAUGGAGUGUGCCAGCUAGAUGGCUUUUUUCAGGCCUCCAGGGCAUUUUUAAAACUAUUGUGUGUAGUGGAGAGUUGUUUUCUUCUUAUAGCUAUGUUGAGUGCUGGCCCGUGGGAGAUCCCUAUUACAGAGUAAAAUUGGGAGCAGCCCACUUUAUUCUUUACAGUGCACUAGGUGUAGGUUUAGAUGUUUCAGGUUUAAGAUAUAAGACUGCUCUUUUAGACUGUAGGCUCUGCUAUGGACUGAGAAGCUGCUCCAGUGUAUUAGAAAUAAAGCAAACAUUUCCACAAAUCUGUCAGAGAAUAUUCUGUACCUCUGCUUUCCUAUAAUACAUUAGACACAAGGACUUCACAUAUUCAUUUAUAUGUAACCAUUAAAAUGGUGAUUCUUGUAGAUUUCCAGUAUUGCAUAUCUUUAGAUUUGUUAGAAGACAAAGGAUUACUUUAAGGUUAUCAUAUGCAAUAGUCUUCUUUAAAUAUCUCCAGGGAACUACUUUUGGUCAAAUCAAAUGUCAUGUCUGUCCUCUCUUUAACUGCUGCCAAAAUAUGUUUCCAAAAUGCCAGGACAAGAGGACAAAGAAAAUACAUGACAAAGGUCAUCAUUUGCUGACAUAUAUGCUCAUUUCUUAUUUAAGGGUGAAACUCACUCUCUUACAAAAUGUUAUAAGUUGCAUAUUACUGAGUAAGUUCAUGGUUUUACAUAUGUAAGCCAGAGGUUUUUUAUAAGCUAGGACAAAAUAAGCUUAAAUUGUUUUCAGGAAAAACAGAAGAGAACAUAGAAUCAGACACGUAAGAAAACAAACCCAUAAAUAGCAUAUUAUAACUGAAGUGGAAAAUACCAAAAUUGGGGGGAAAUUUGGGUUGAGAGAGCUCUUUACUAUUGCUAUACCUUCCUUUCAAGGGCAAGUAGGAUAAAGAAUCUUGUUUGAGUUUAGCUCAUGACCUAAUGAGUCGGGUGGCUUGAGCCAAGCAAAGACACAUUUGUUUUAUUUAUUUAUUUAUUUAUUUAGGAGACUUCUAUGCCGCCCCAUUCACCGAAGCCUCGGGGCGGCUCACAUCCAUAAAUAAACUUCCAUAAAAUAAUAUAAAUUAACAGUAUAAAUUAAGUCGCCCUGGCACUUAUUUUAUUUCAGGCUGAAAUGAAGGGUGUUUCCAGAUGAGGCUUUUAUGGUGUCAUUGCUCUACCUCAUUCACUGAAUUUCAUAGGGGUCCCCAGACACUAUUUUCUUCUGCUCACAAUCCUCCCAUGUUUUCCCACCAUUUCCUCCAUCUUUCCUCUUACUUCAGAGAAUCCAUUGAGAAAGAACAUAUAGGACAGCUGCACAAUGUCCUCAGAGCAGUAGCACUACGAGGCCCAUCUGGCAGACUUUGGGAUAAGCCAUGUGGAGGAAGAAGGCAUUAGGAUGGAGACAGAUGUACAAAGUGUUGAACAGUGAGCCAGAGAGUGAUCCAGGAAACUGGUCAGUGCUGGAGCAUCUGGGUCUGGACCUGAGUUCAGAUUUCUCAGACACCAGCGUGCAGCAAAAAUUGGAUGAAGAAAAGGAGAAGAUUAAACGUGAGAUCCGGAAAGAGCUGAAGAUAAAGGAGGGAGCCGAGAACUUGCGUAAGGCCACCACAGAUCGUAAGAAUCUCUCCAAUGUAGAGAAUUUGCUCAAGAGUUCCAACCGCAAGCUAGAGGCACUGCACCACCAACUGCAGGAUCUCAAUGCCCAUAUUGUCGUCAAAGACCCAGAAGAACUUGGGGAUGCUCCACAAUCUCCAGGCAGCCUGAGCCGAUCAACUGCAACCAAAAACCGCAUUGCUGGCCUGGAGAAGCAGCUCAAUAUUGAGCUGAAGGUGAAGCAAGGAGCAGAAAAUAUGAUCCAGAUGUAUGCCAAUGGUGCUGCCAAGGAUCGGAAGCUGCUGCAGACAGCUCAGCAGAUGCUACAGGACAGCAAGACCAAAAUCAAUAUAAUUCGCAUGCAAAUCCGCAAGGCUAUGCAGGCUGACGAGGUGCAGCUGAAUAUGGAGGAUGGGCAAGGUAACACUGACCUGAGUGCCAUAGAGCUGAGGAUUGAGGAGCUGCGACAUCAUUUCCGGGUGGAGCAUGCUGUCUCUGAGGGCGCCAAUAAUGUCCUGCGACUUCUGGGCUCUAGCAAGGUUCAGGACCGCCAUGCCAUCUCCGAGGCACAAACCAAGCUGAAUGAGUCAAGCCAGAAGCUGGACCUUUUGCGACACUCUCUGGAGCAGCGCCUGGCAGAGCUGCCUGAAGGUCAUCCAAAGGGCUGCAUCAUCAAAGAGGAGCUCAUCAUGGCCUCUUCCCCAGCUUACAGUGUCCGCAAUACCACUUCCUACCAACACAACCAGUACAACACCCUCUCAAAGCCAUCCCCACUCACAGGCACCCUGGAAGUGCAGUUGUUGGGCUGUAGUGGAUUGUUGGAGGCUGUCCCAGGACGCUCACGUGGAUCCACUGUCUCCUUGCCAUGCAAUAGUCCUGGUGAAGCACGUCCUUCUUUCAUGAGCCGUAGCGGACGAGGGCUGUACAGCCGGAGUGGUAGCGUAAGCGGCAGGACCACCAUCAAAUCUGAAGAUACUAGCAAUGAGGUGAGUGCUGUACUGAAGCUGGAUAAUGGAGUUGUGGGUCAGACAGCCUGGAAGCCCAGUGGCCUAGAAGCUUGGAACCAGACUUUCACAGUGGAGCUGGAGAGGGCAAGAGAGCUGGAGAUCAGUGUAUACUGGCGUGAUUUCCGCAGUCUGUGUGCCCUGAAAUACCUCAAGCUGGAGGAUUUCCUUGACAACCAGCGCCAUGAAAUCCACCUCGAGUUAGAGCCACAGGGCACUCUCCUGGCAGAGGUCACCUUUUUCAACCCUGUCAUUGAGCGCAUACCCAAGCUCCAACGGCAGAAGAAGAUCUUCUCCAAGCAACAAGGGAAGGCUUUUCUGCGUGCCCGUCAGAUGGACAUUGAUAUUGCCACAUGGGUACGACUCCUGCGCCGCAUCAUCCCCACUGCCAACACCACAGGCACUUACAGCCCCUCAACACAGAUGCCUCCAACGUCUAGCUCAGAAAGUAGGCAUGGUCUCAACUCUGGGGACAUUGCCAUUGAGAAGCUGAGCUUGGAAGGGGAUCGAGUACAAAUCGAACAGGUGGACCAAGAUGACAAUGAACUCCCCGGGAAGGUCUUGCUGUCCUCACGAGCUGGGGAGGAAGUUCCCUUCCAGGUGGAGCUGGGCCCAGGAGGUGAGGCCAGAGGAUCUGACGGUAGUUUUCACAGCAGCCACUUGAGAAAAACACCUCUCAGUAUGGAUGAUUUUCGUUUUGUAGCUGUGCUGGGCCGUGGUCACUUUGGCAAAGUGCUAUUGUCUGAGUUACACCGAACAGGGGAACUAUUUGCUAUUAAAGCCUUGAAGAAGGGGGACAUCGUUGCAAGGGAUGAGGUGGAGAGCCUGAUGUGUGAAAAACGGAUCUUUGAGAUUGUGACUCAUGCACGGCACCCCUUCCUAGUGAACCUCUUUGCCUGCUUCCAGACACCCCAGCAUGUCUGUUUUGUCAUGGAGUACACAGCAGGUGGAGACCUCAUGAUGCACAUCCACAUGGAUGUAUUCACAGAACCACGUGCCACAUUUUAUGCGGCUUGUGUUGUUCUGGGGCUGCAAUUUCUUCAUGACCACAAAAUUGUAUACAGGGAUCUGAAGCUGGAUAACUUAUUACUGGACACAGAGGGUUUUGUGAAGAUUGCAGACUUUGGCCUCUGCAAGGAAGGAAUGGGCUAUGCUGACCGCACCAGCACAUUCUGUGGGACACCAGAGUUUCUGGCUCCUGAGGUGCUGACAGACACAUCAUACACAAGAGCAGUUGACUGGUGGGGCUUAGGUGUACUUAUCUACGAGAUGCUUGUUGGGGAGUCACCAUUCCCUGGAGAUGAUGAAGAGGAGGUAUUCGACAGUAUUGUCAAUGAUGAGGUGCGCUACCCACGUUUCCUUUCCACAGAGGCCAUUGGCAUCAUGCGCCGGCUGUUGCGGCGGAACCCAGAACGGCGCCUGGGCUCCAGUGAGCGUGAUGCAGAAGACGUGAAGAAGCAGCCAUUCUUCAGGAGCAUUGACUGGGAAGCCCUGUUGACUCGUAAGAUCAAGCCACCAUUCGUGCCAGUUAUUAAGGGCCGUGAAGAUAUCAGCAACUUCGAUGAGGAGUUCACAGCUGAAGCAGCCAUGCUGACUCCGCCCCGUGAAUCACGACCCCUCACACAAAAGGAGCAAGACUCCUUCAAGGAUUUUGACUAUGUUUCCAAUGCCUGCUAGCUCUGGAGUGGGGGCAGUGAGAUCCCCCUAACACCGCCAGCUGCAUAGGGCAGGGCUCUGCUCCACCAGAGACUCAGAUGCUUACUAGCCCUGCCUGCUAGCUCCAGGAGUGGGACUGGGAAAGCCCAGCCACACUGCCAAACUCAUGGGGUAGAGUAAUGUCCACCAACAUAUGCCAGCUCUGGGAUUAGACAGGGACUGUCCCGGAAAUACUUCUGCACCCCGCAGGACACAGUAUCAUUCAAGCAGAAACUUGGGACACUUUCUAGUUCCAAGGGAGGGGCAGAGAGAGAGAGAGUGUGAGAGUGAGUGAGCAAGUAAGAGAAAGUCAGCCCAGUAUAACAGGCACUUUUGAAACACGAGCAGGUGAGUCUCCAUGAUAGCACCUUUUUCUCCACCGAUUCCCAAACUUUCUACUGAAGCAAGCAAAACUAAUUCUCCACUGCUAGAAAGAAAAACAUCAGUGUUGGAACCACUUGAAACCAAAGGGCCUUUCUCUGCCCUAGCAUAUGCUUGUGAAAUAUUUCUUUUUACAAACAAUGUUGCAAAGAAAUGGCUUGCCAAUCUGAUUGAAACUCAUUGUUUCAAACACUUUACCCAGAAGGGAAACGCUUCCUGUCCUUCUAAGCACCACAGUCUUGUAUCUAUCUCUAAAAGUCUCCAGAACAUACAAGGGACUCAAAUUACUGAUGGACAAACUCCUUGGCACAAUUUGAAAGCAGCUCUGUGUUUACACACUUUCCAAACAAGUGUUUGGAAAAAGUUCACCAUUUUCCCCACCAAGAAUUCUCUCAAGGUUCAUAAUGGUGGAAAAUGGACAUUGAUACUGUGCAUACACAUUAUUAUAUUGCUCCUGGGGGAUUUUAGAUAAAUGUAAUCUGCCCUUUACCUACUCCUGAGCACCAAAGUGCUAUUUGGAAAUUUAUAACCACACUGAGAACAAACUUUCCUGGAAACUAGAAAGUGUUUUAGGUCUUGAUGGGAACAUCAUAACAAGUUUUCAGGGGAAAAAAUCUCAAACAUCGAUGUAUAGAUUACUGCCACCUGACAAAGGGUUUCUUAGUUGGUAGCCCUAGUCACACAAACGAUGGUAUUGAAAUAAGCACACAGCAGCUAGUUCUCAGUCCUUGGUUUGCUGACCAUGCAUGAUCAGAAGCACAUUGAAUACUCUGAGCUGAACUUCUCUGAGAAAAUGGCACUUGAUGAAUACCAAGUACUGCAAGAUAGGCAAAUUUGUUUACUGUACAAGGAAGUGACUGACUUCAGCAAUCUCACUUGUUCAGAUCUACCAUUUUGAAAUGAACUAGCCUAUGUUCUGCUUCCAUCCUAUGACCCCCCUCUCUCAGAAGUCCAUCACCAUGCAAAAGGCAUAUCUCAAACGUAGGGAGAGGAGUUGCUCAGACUCACUCUGGGUGCUUCCAAGUUGGAAGCUCCUAGUACUACCAGUAUGAAGACAUUGUACAGCUGUUCUGUCUUUCCCUCCUUAAUGGAUUUGCAGUUGUAAGAAAAACGGUGGAUGAAGCAUUGAGAAAAUACAGGAGGGUUGUCAGUGAAAAAACAUCUUGUAUCCCCUGUGAAUUCAGGGCGAUUGCACAAUAAAUGCUUCAUCCAUGCACCCUCCAUGCCCACGCACCUCUCCUGGUUUGGUUUGUGUGACUCCCCCCCCCCCCCGCAUCUUCCCUGCCCUGUUUUUCAAUGCUUGCACAAUCCUCAUCCUCGCUGUCUUUGUCCAGUGACUUGAGAGCUCAAGAAUUCACUGUGAAAGAGGCAAUGCAACUAUGGGAAACAGUUUGUGAAUAGUCUUCUCUGGUGUAAGCACCAGUUUGGCCCCAGCAUAAUUGCCUUAAAUGUGCAGACAGGCAUAAUCUUCCCAAACAGCUAGUUCUUGCUGAAGCAUCCCCCUUUAGCCUACUUCUACAUCCUUCCACAUACUGCAAAAUUACUGUCACUUUUCUGCAAUGCCUGUUGGGAGAAGUCCUGUUUCUCUUAACCUGUCCUGGGUACUAUUUGUUCACUUCCUACAAGUGCCACCUGAGAUUCUGAAGUGUAGAUACAUAGGUGGGGAUAACAGGACUAAGCAGAGAUGGUCGUCUCUGAAGGGUAAUACCUUUUUUUUUAAAUGCUGGCAACCUAUGCCAGUGCUAUGAGCUACAUCUAAGAAGUUAUGUUCUUCAUAUCCUACUACUGCUGUGAUGUCCUUUUAUAUAUGAUUAGUUAAUCUGGAAUAACUACUAUCAGAUGGUUCUUUACUCAAUUACUAAUGUUAAUUGGAAACUUCACCCAUAAACCAACAUGUAUCACUUUGAUUGUGAGUAUGGAAGGACUGUUAAGAUCAAUGAACUCAGAUUAGUUACUCCUUGAAUGCACACACUUAAAAUCAAGGUAACAUCUCCAGUUUGACUAAGAGGCUGCAGGAGCCCACUGUCCCCUUACUGUAUAUGAGCACAAGCCCUCGUUGCUAAUACAGAACAGUGUGCUUCCUGAUACGUUCUCUAGCAUCCUCCAAUUGAUUCUCAGAGGAUGCAUCUCUUGUUAAGUGUUCCUAGCUUUUUCAACCUCUCAUUUCCCCCCAAUCACAAGCAAUCCUGUUUCAGGAUUGAAAAACAAAAGCUGGCAGCUAUUUGACUUUGAAGAAACCAUUUCAGUCCACAAAGGUGGAAAGAAUUUUAGCUUAGCUUUUGUGUGUAUCAAAGGAGUUGGGAAGACUAGGACUGAGGAUUUGUUUGCUUUUCGUAGGGAAGAAAGGUUCUGCUGCUUAGUGUCUGCUGAGAGAGAAUGUAGGGAAAUCUGAGGGCCGGAGCAGAACUCAGGCAUAUAUUACUUGUUUAAGUAGCUUGGGGAUUCUUUUAAUUCUGCCUUGGUCCUUGUAUAUCUUUGCUUCUCAUGGUUGGUGUCCUUUCUUUUUUACACUUUGCUGAAGGCCCAGUCUAUUCCUUGCUUUAAAUAGCAGUGCAAACUUCUUUAAAAUCAGGACUUCUGGUUUUGUCCUCAUAUGUGGGAAGGGGGUGUUAGUAUAUCCUAAAUUAUGGAGAGCUUACAUUCAAGGCUGCACUGUUUCAGCCUGAACUCUGGAAGGAGCAUGAGCUUCUGUUACCAGAUACACUGUUAACUUUCUCUGUGCCUCUUUCUCUGCUUACACUGCCUCUUCUGUCUUUCCUAGGAGCAUGCCCCAGCUUAGUAUCUGUUUGGAUUCUGUGCUAGGAGGCAGUAUCAUGCUACAAACUUGAAUCAUUGUGUUGUCUGCUGCGUUUCCUUUCUUAAUGUAACUACCUCUGUUAUCUGACCAGAACCACACUGUGGCCAUGAAAAGUUGCCUACAUUCUUCACUAUUCUACUAUAAACCCUGAGUUUUAAACUGUAGACGUAACAGUACAAGUCUACCUAAUCUUAACAAAGGUAUAUUUGGAGGAUAUCUGACACAAAGUUUGGCAGGUGAGCAGUGUCAUUUUUCAGUCAAGAGGCAGGACUCCUACAUACUAUUCCUACCCUCCCUUAGAUUUAGAAUCAAGAUCACUAGGAUCCCAUUCUUAGUAACACUUGGCUUCCUGAGUAACUGGCAGAGAAGAAGAAACCAACAUGGACCUCCAUUAGAAAGCAUGUUGUUCUAUUUGGAUAUGGGAUACCAUGUCCAGUCUACAAGGUCUUUGAAUUAUGGACAGAAUGUGUGCAUUACAAUUAAACAAAAAUAGUAUAUUUUGCUAUAGAGCAAGGAAACCUUGUAAGCAAUCUCUGUUUUGGGACUGCAUUAGCAAGUUUGCAAUAUGAUACAUAGAAUUCUGCACUUGAAAGUCUCAACUUUUAUUUUUCUAAAAUCAAGUUUCUAAUUUUUGAACGUUCCAAUCAUAUUGAGUGUAUAUGCUAGUGGAAAUCUCAGAAGCUGUAGGAGCAAAUGCUUUCUGUAACUUGAAGUUCAGUCCUCUGCAUAGCUCUCUGCCUACUCAAAGUAACUAAGGAAACACGUGUGUACUUUUUGUAAUGUACGCAGUUCAUACAACUCAAGCUAACUUGGUUUAGACACUUGAUUUUGUCCCAAAGCACCUAAUCCUGGCCUAGGGCACUAGGCUGAGAAUGCAGCAUGAAAACGCUCAUUUUGCUUACUGUACAGGUGGGGUGGGAUGUUUGAGGGGUGAACAGAGUUCUUAAAUAUUAAAUGAUUUCUCGGGGUUAAUUUUCUUCUGAUUAAAUCCUGCACUCUACUGUGCUCAACUCUAUCCACAUUUAUGGUUUACCAUUACAAUGACUCCCAGUUCAGAGAAGAGAUUAUAGGUUGUGUAGCAAGCCUGUUCCUGCCAUUCAUCCUGCCAUGUAGAUGAUACUCUGAGACAACCUGGAGUCCCUUCUUAUAAGGAAAAGCCCUCAAUGCAUAUUGGGCCCAUCAUGCCACUGGAAAGCUACAGAUGUUCAAAUAAACAUCAGCCUUUGCUUUCAGAAGGAACACAGGGCAGCCUCACUUUUAAAAGUUGUGAAAUUAGGUGUUCAUCCUGCCUUUUUCAUGUACUACAAAAAUGCUUCAGUCUGUGUACGUUGCUGGAGUAGGUAACUACUAACAAGUAGGUGACUUCUCUGUAUUGCUUGGAUUGCUUCUCAUGAAAGUUGACCUUGCUCUAUUGGAUAUAAUAAUGAACCGCUACACGCCUGCCUUUUCC